CCCACUUAUUCGGAGGUAGGGCAGCAAAGGCGGCUGUAAUGGCCAAGAGUGUCCGCUGCCAGCUGGUUCGGCACUUGGAGCACCUGACUUCAGAGGAGCUGAAGAAAUUCAAGCUGUGGCUGGUGGACUAUCUCUCCCGGGGCUGCCUGGAGGGGGCCAAUCUCACAAAAGUGGCCGAUCUCCUGGUCAGUUCUCUUGGGCAGCAGGAGGCCUGGGAUAUUGCUCUGAGCAUCUGGGAGAAGAUGGGCCUGAGGGAGUUGUGGAGGCGAGCCAGGAAGGAGGAUCUUGGAUUAGUUCCUGUUUCUGUUCUUCCAGCCUCCUCAGAUGAAAGAAAUAAGUACCAAGAAUGAAUGAGAGAGAAAUUCCAGCUCGUGAGGGACAGGAACUCUCGUCCUGGGGAGCAUGAACUCUUUCACCACCGAUUCACACAGCUGCUGCUUUUUCCAGAGUAUCGUUGCAAGGAGCAAAAACAACAUGAGCUCCUAGUCCAAAGAUAUGAAUAUGCUAAGAUCAUGGAGGAGCGAGGACAGAUUAUAGAGGUGUCAGCUUUAUUUGAUCCUGAUAAAAAGACAGGCAUCCUACCACAUACAGUUGUGCUGCAGGGAGGUGCUGGUAUUGGGAAAACCACCCUGGCCAUCAAACUGUUAUUGGAGUGGGCAGAGGGGAAACUCUACCAGGACAGGUUUGACUAUGUUUUCUAUCUCACUUGCAGAGGACUGAACCAUUUAGGAGAGAGAGAAAUCAGUUUUGCUGAUUUAAUUGCCAAUGACUGGCCUGGACCACAGGCUCCCAUGACAGAGAUCAUGUCCCAACCAGAGAGACUUCUGUUCAUCAUUGAUGGUUUAGAUGAACUGAAAUUCCCCUCUAAUGAGCACAGAUAUGAUCUGUGUAAAGAUUGGGAGCAGCAGAGGCCAGUGCCCAUCCUGCUGAGCAGUUUACUAGGGAAAUCCAUGCUCCCUAAAGCCUCCUUGCUGCUCACUACAAGAUUCACUGCUUUGGGGAAAUUUAUUCAUUUGUUAGAGAAUCCACGUCAUGUGGAGAUCCUGGGCUUCUCUGCAGAGCAUAGGAAGGAGUAUUUCUGCAAAUUUUUCAGAAAUAAGAAUUUAGGUAAAAGAGCCUUUAGUUUAGUAAAAGGCAAUGGUGCACUGUUCACCAUGUGCUCUGUUCCUCUGAUGGACUGGAUUGUCUGCACUUGCCUAAAACAACAGAUAGAGAAAGGACGAGAUCUCAUUCAGGCUUUGAAAACUACCACUGCCCUAUCUGUGUAUUAUAUCAGUUUAAUCACACAUAAUGACAAGAACUUUAUAUCUCAGCAUAUGAGGGGCCUUUGUCAAUUGGCUGCUGAGGGCUUUUGGGAGGAGAAAGUGCUGUUUGAGGAAGAGGACCUGAGGAGGCAUAACUUAGAGGCAGCUGAUGUCUCUGCCUUCUUAGACUUGAACAUUUUUCAGAAAGACAUUGACUGUGAAAACUACUACAGCUUCAUUCACUUAAGUUUCCAUGAGUUUUUUGCUGCCAUGUUCUACGUGAUGAGCACAGAAAAAGAAGAGGAAAAAAGCCCCAACUCCUCCAUUCAAGAUAUCAAAAAAUUUCUGGAGAAGUGUAGCCACUAUGAAGCCAGAUAUGUGGUUCUGGUACUACGUUUUCUGUUUGGCUUCCUAAAUGCAGAGACAGCAAAGAAGCUGGAGAGAAAGUUUGGAUGUGGAAUGUCACAGGAAAUCAAGUCACAAUUAAUGCAGUGGAUUGAAGAAGAAACCAAAAGAGAUAUUGAACAACCCUGGUUUUCUGCUUCUAAUGUACCAAAAUGGCAUUCUCUUUUAUAUGAGAUUCAAGUUGCUGAGUUUGUAACAUAGCUGCUAGUUAACAUCCAAGAAAUCACAAUAAAUAUUCGCUACCUCUAUGAAGCCCUGAGUGCAGUUUACUGCAUGAAGCACUGUCCUGGGGCACGGAAACUUUCCAUUUCUUAUACAUCUGAUUUACCUGCUUCUGUAUGGAAAGAUCUCUUCUCUGGGGUCAGCAAGAAUCAGAACCUGAAAGAGCUCAAGAUGUCCUCCUCUAAAUUUUCUGAUUCAUGUAUGGAAAACCUUUGUGUGAUACUAAAAGAUCCAAACUGUAAACUGGAAAAACUGACGUUGGAAGGCUGCAAGGUAACUUACUGGUUUUGUCAGUAUCUCUUCUCUGCUCCCUGUUUGAAAAGCCUGCACUUCAGUUAUAUGUCCUUUGUGGAUGAUGGCAUGAAGCUGUCAUCUAAGACCUUGGAGAAAAUGAACUGUCAACUACAGACAGUAAGUUUUAUGUUUUGUAGGCUUACUCGUAGAUGUUCCCAGAAUCUCUUAUCUGCUCUUAGUAGCAACGAGAGCCUGAAAAACCUAGAUCUGAGUGGAAAUCCCUUCGAGGAGGGAGGAAUACAACUUCUGUGCAAGGUCUUGGAAAAUCAAAACUGCAAGUUAGAGACACUGAGGUUGACAUAUUGCAAACUCUCUUCUGCUUGUAGUCAGUAUCUCUUCGCCACUCUCAUGAAGAAUGAGAGCCUGAAAGAAUUGUGCCUGAGUCAUAAUUCCUUUGGAAAACAUGCAAUGAAACACUUGUGUGAAGCGUUGGGAAAUCAAAAUUGUAAACUACACACACUGAGAUUGAUCCAAUGUAAUCUCACUGCUACUGGUCUUCAGGAUCUCCUCCCUGUUAUAUGUAGCAGUGAGAACCUAAAGAUGUUGGACCUGAGUUCUAAUUUUUUUGGUGAUGAAGGAAUGAAGCUGCUGUGUGAGGCCUUGGAAAAGCAGACUUUUAAACUACAAACACUGAACCUCUGGCAAGACUAUUUAAGUGAAGAAUCAGAGAGGGCAUUGACUAGCCUGCAAUCAAGAAAAUCUUUUCACAUCACUUGGGAAGAAUAUCAUAAAGCAGAAUUCUUUGACUGGGAUGCUGAAGACACAGUUUAGCCCUGGCUCUUCUCUCUGGCUAAGUGAUUUUGAACAAGUCACUUUAGCUUUGCAAGCAUCCAUUUUCUAAUCCAUAAUAUAAGAUGAUUGAAGUUGGUGAUCUCUAAGGAAGUCCUACUGUCUAGGCAUGGGCUACCUGGAAUUGGAAAUCUCCUGCACUGUAGAGCCCUCCCUAUUGCCAUAUUGAGAAAGUCUCUUCUACUCACCUUUCCCUGGUUGGAUAAGGAAGAAACACAAAGGACAACUUCUGCCACUGAAGACUUAAGAAAAACUACCAUUCCAAGUCACAGGUUGCCUGAGAUUAGAGGUCUCCACUGCAGGGAUCUCUGGAGCACCAUCCCCAAGAAGCCUCCUGCCUUUACCCUGAUCUAUAUAAUAUUCUGAUCAAUAGGUGCCUCUCUUGUCCUAUGGCAGCAGAUUCCUACCUCCCAUUCCCUUUAUCCCUGUUGUUCAGAUUCCUUUUGCUGAGUUGGAAUCCCCUUCCCAGGGGAGACUUCAUUCUCAGCCCCACCUCACCAUCCUAGCCCUGCCCCCACUCAAGUCUACCUCUGUCCUCCACUUUAUGCAUCACCGUCUGUAACUUAUUGUUACCAAAUUCCCCUUUGUCUUAGAUAUCUUCCUUUUUUACUCUCUAUUUUCUGGUAUUCACAGGAACCUGGAUUUCUCCCCAGAUACUUCAUUCUAGGGACUGAAUACUGGGACUGAAUGACAAUAAGCCUAAGGAAAUUCCCCCUAUAGCCACACUCUUCUCUUCAGUGGUGUCCCACUGGAAGGAAUGAAGAAAAAUGAGUUCAGAGAGAACUUCCUGAGAAAUCUGCAAACAGAGUGUCCUCUGUCUAGAGAUAAUUUGCCUGCUGCAAGCACCCCAGGUGUAAGGGUCCAAACAAUCCAGUCAAGUCUUCCUAGGUGCUUGAAGGACCUCCCAGCUAAGAGAAGGGGAAAAGAUAAGUUUACCUUGGAUUGUGGAGGGUCCAAUUCAGAGAUGUGGAGGGAGUCAGAAUCAGAGACUCUGCCCAGCUAGGUAUGAGAAACGGAUUCAAGAGUAGGUUUUGUUUCACCGAAGUUAUGUGAUAUUUUAGAAAAGAAACUCAAAGGCAAACAUGUGGCAAGCAUGCUUACGGGGAAUUCCAUAUGAUCAAUCUUUGUUCUAUUUUGGUGGGUAACUAUUAACAAAAAUGUAGAUUGGAUUAAUUAUAUAUAUUAUAACCCACAGAGGUUUAUAAAUUAUAUUUUUUAUAUUUUUUAUAUUUUUUUCAGCCAUAGAAAUUCAUGAAGAUAAUCUGUGUGGUAUCACAUGACUUUGGAGUCAGCGAACCUGAGUUCAAAUCCAAGCUGUGGAGCUGGGAUAGUAAGUGGUGGCACUUACUAUCUUUGUGACAUUGGUUAAGUCACUUAGCCUCUCUAGGGUGGGACAAGAUAACCUCUAAGACCAUCAUCCUUCCUGAUCCCUCAGGCUGCUAAUGCAGGGAGGAAUAGGGAAAGUACCCUAUGAAAGUCAAAGAUGUCAUCAAGUAGUGAAGCCAGGUGAGAAAUGAGGAGCUGUUCUGAGCUGAGUUCCUUCCUUAAAUGUAGGUUUUGGAGGUCAUGGUUUCACCUUCCAUUCACAGGGGCAAGGGGAGAGUGAUGAAGUGGAGUACUAAGGUUAAUGAGAUCUUGCAGGAGGAUGAGGUUUUCUCAAUAAUGAGCUUCCUGAGGCAUGGUGGUAAAGCCAGAGACAUCUCAGAGUAGUGCAGUCAGGUGAGACAUGUAGGCAAUCACACGGACGUCUGUUGCAGAAAUACUCAGAUGCGAAGUGAGACUGGUAUACCUAUGAAUUGUUUGGUCUCAGUAAGAGUCCUUUGUUUUGCUGUGGCUGCUAGGCUGGGCACCAUACCCUUUCCAUCAAGGCUUCCAGAGUAAUGGCCCUGUGUGAGAUACUCCAACUAAAGUUCAACUCCAUCAUUCUAUAAGGUCUUAGUCCUCUGGGGGACACCUUAGAAAUCAGACAGGAUGCUCAGGGUCAGCCCCAAACCUGGUGGGUACCCUUCUUCCUCUAGCUUCCACCCUCAGCUAGGGUCCAGGGCUCCCAUGGGCCUCAACUCUGUGUAGGAAAGAUUCCCAACAUGUACAAGGGUUUGUACUCUCUCUCUCUUUCACACUCACACACACACAAACACACACAUACACUGUGUUGGGAUUGCUUUGGCAUUUGGAGAAGAGCAGAUUAUUCUCUUCCUCUCCCCCCACCUCCGUGGCUCUACGGUCAAUGCUGAAAACCAAUUCCACUAAAACUAGGGGGAGGCCCAAGAAUAAAUAGAUACUUAAUAAAUGGCUAUAUUAAGUGGAGUGUGGGAUGUAAAUAGGAAUAGAGGUGGAAGACAACGUAUAUUGCUGGGUUUGUAUAGGUGGACCGUGAUAUAGUCAAGGAUCAUAGAAUUUGAACUUCCUCCAGGUGUACAGAUGAAAGCAACAAAAUUUCAGGUAUUGUUACACUUUGUUUGACGUUUAUACAGAAACAGGGAUAGGAACUAGAAGUGAUUGUAUCUGAUAUGGGGAAUGCCCAAAUGAGGAAACUUCCUCUACCAAUGCAAGUCAGCACCUUUGCUGCAACAAGUCUAAGAAAGGUGCCUAGAACACUGAAUGAUUAAGUGACUUGCCAAGGGUCACACAGCCAGUGUCUGUUUAAGAUGAGAUUUGAACCCAGGUCUUCUUGGCUUCAAGACCAGCUCCUUGUCCAUAUGUAUGACAAUAAGUUUUCUGCUUAACAAGAUGCCUCAUUGUGAUCUAUGAGUGAUUGAGUUUUCCAGGUCGAUGACAGUGGAGCAUGAACUCUGGUAGGUCUUAAUGAAACUGGAAAGGAUUUGGUGUGGGUCCAGUGACCCAGGGCAUGUCUUGAUCAGAUGACAAGCGUCACUGUAAAGAAUCAGCUUGCCACUAGAUUGGCUGCCAGAGCAAGAAUUUAUAUUUUUUUCAGCCAUAGAAACUCAUGAAGAUAAUCUGUGUGGUAUCACAUGACUUUGGAGUCAGCGAACCUGAGUUCAAAUCCAAGCUGUGGAGCUGGGAUAGUAAGUGGUGGCACUUACUAUCUUUGUGACAUUGGUUAAGUCACUUAGCCUCUCUAGGGUGGGACAAGAUAACCUCUAAGACCAUCAUCCUUCCUGAUCCCUCAGGCUGCUAAUGCCCUCUGCCCUCAAAUUACUUGGUUUAUAUUUUUUAAAUCUAUCUUGUAUAUACCUAUACAUGUAUGUGUUUUCUCUCCUCUUUAGAAUACAAGCUUCUCAAAGGCAGUGACUGUUUCAUUUUUGUGUCUGGGCUCAGCUUUUGACACGUACAGCCUAGGUGCUUAAUACAUGCUUAUUAACUGAUUUGUCUAUUUCUAGACAUGUGAUCCUAUGAGGAAGGUUUGCAAUUUGCAUUGGGGAAGGGUGUACUCACAUUGAUGAAAUCCUGAACCCUAGAUAAGCUGGAAUAUAAAAAUGUAAAUAGUCUUGAUGUUAUGGCUUUAUGUAUAAUUUCAUUUCUUGUUUGGUUUGUAUAUUGUUUCUUUUUUGUGUAUUGCAUAAUAAUUAACAGAACCAUGCUUUUA